CCCAGUGAUCCUUGUUCCGCAAAAGCUUCAUGUAUUUCAAGUUUUUAUUAACUGGAUGUGUUCAUCCCAUAUUUGUCACGCAUGCUGUCUCCAGUAUUUCUGGAGCAGAAACAAGAUAAUGACCCACAGAAACGAAAGCGUUAAUACACCAACGCUCCUCUAGUCCAGUGUUUACGGUACAAGCCUCUUCCAAUCCCAGUGCUCUCGCUCCUGCCUGCGGUCACAUCUUGUUGCCAGAACUUCAGUGACGCGGUGGCAUUGGAUUUCUUUGUUAUUCAUCCACGCUCUGCGUCCUUUUCUUCUUUUAAUUGCGUUUAUUUUGCGAUACAUCUCACCGAGGCGCAGAUCCAUUGCUUCGCAUCCUUCCUCUCCGUCUGUCUCGGCUCGCUUUAGGUGGUUUUUCUGUGAACUGUCAAGGAGCAGUGAUCCAUCAGCCGACGCUAAGACGUCUGAGCUUUAAGGAUAAGAUUCUUAUUUAUAAACGGGUUGGUUAUAUAAUCGGGUGAAGUCUUGCGUUUUGCGCGCACGUCUGCUUUGUAUGUUUCGCCGUUAACGCUUUAUUUAUUCGUUUUAUUCUGCUGUAGCAAGACAAUUCCCGUCCGAGUUCAUGCCAGAUCUGCAGCGCUUUAGUUUUCUACACCAUAGCAUGAAUCCUUUGUUGGGGGCCAACACGCAUCUCCAACAGCAUCCACUGCAGAACCAGACGCCCGGACACCCGGACUCUCCCUCAGGUCUCCUUCCCGACGCCGUUUUCGGUGUACCGGACGCUGCGUCCUUUCUGCUGGGUGAGCAGUCCGGUUCGGGGCCUGAUCAGCCGGGGCCUGACUUCACCGCACCCACACCUUACCUCCACCACAGCCACUAUCAGCACCGCGCAGUGCCGCAUCCCCCUGCAGCGAUGGCUCUCAGAAACGACCUCGGAUCCAACAUCAGUGUCCUCAAAACCCUCAAUCUGAGGUUCAGAUGCUUUUUGGCCAAAGUGCACGAAUUAGAGCGCAGAAAUAAGAUUCUAGAGAAGCAGCUGCAACAGGCGCUGGAUGCCAACAAGGGCUGCCAAGGUGGAUGCUGUGAGAACAGGGCGCACACCCAGGAGGCAGGUGUGCAGACUGGAUUUGUGGGGACCAUACCCAUCAGGCCCGGAUCCCUCCCCUUCCACAACACCAACAACUCAGCCAGGAGGCCUACAACACUGUUCCCGCCACCGCUCACUGCAUCCUCUGACAACUCAAGCUCAACCCAAACAAAUGCCACUAACCCAGCCAUUACCAUCAGCCAGGCCUCCCCCUGUGUGGACUCCCCAGGAUUUGGUUCUAAAACGGUCGCCAACAGCAGCACCGGCACUGGGAGCUCCACCAACCCUCCUCCGCGGUUCCUCCCGGGCACCAUCUGGUCCUUCAACCACACCCGUAAGUCCGGCCCCAGUGCGGAGCGUCUGACCAGCCCUGGAGUAUCCUGGAUGCACCCGGACGGAGUUGGGGUCCAGAUCGACACCAUCACCCCAGAGAUAAGGGCCCUGUACAAUGUCCUGGCUAAAGUGAAGAGGGAGAGGGACGAGUACAAACGCAGAUGGGAGGAAGAGUACACCAUGAGGAUGGAUCUACAGCAGAAGAUUGCAGACCUUCAGGAGGACCUGCAAGAGAGUGAAGGCUGUCAGGACGAACUGGCUGUCAGAGUUCAGCAGCUGAAGGCAGAGCUGGUUCUCUUCAAAGGUCUUAUGAGCAAUAAUCUGUCUGAGCUGGACAGUAAAAUCCAGGAGAAGGCCAUGAAGGUGGACAUGGACAUUUGCCGCAGGAUUGAUAUCACCGCUCGUCUGUGUGACGUGGCCCAGCAGAGGAACUGUGAAGAUGUGAUCCAGAUGUAUCAGGUCCCUAACAACCAAUCAUCCCUAAACUGCCGCCGUAAACAGACUCCUCUGUCUUUUAACGGGAGCGAGUGUGACGAGCCUGUCAGCACCUCUGAAAGUGACGGGGGCGUGGUUAAAGAUGAGGAACACUGUGGCUCGUCGGCCAAUCAGAUCAAUGAGGAGAUGCAGAGGAUGCUGAACCAGCUGCGUGAAUGUGAAUUUGAAGAUGACUGUGACAGUCUGGCCUGGGAGGAGACUGAAGAGACUCUGCUUCUGUGGGAGGAUUUCCCAGGAUGCACUCUGCCUCCGGAUCCCACCCACCCACCGGGAGAGGAGGACUGUCUGGAAAAGGUGAUUAAUGACACGGAGUGUCUUUUCAAGUCCCGAGAGAAGGAGUACCAAGAGACUAUUGACCAGAUUGAGCUGGAACUGGCCACAGCCAAGAGCGACAUGAACCGGCACCUGCACGAGUACAUGGAGAUGUGCUCAAUGAAGAGAGGCCUGGAUGUCCAAAUGGAGACCUGCAGGAGGCUCAUCACACAGACUGGAGACAGUAACCCUGCCGUGCCUGCGCCCACUGAGGAGAGUGACCAGAGAGAAGACAGGUCUUCGGCAUCUCCACCGUCCUCCUCGGGCAGUGGGAGAUCUUGACACCUCCUCAAUGCGGCAUCGUUAAGAGAGGCCGUGGUCACGUAACCUCCGCUGUAUCCGGCUCCAUUACCACACCAAAUGCAAUACACACCUAUAGCUACGGCAACACCAUGUUUACAUAUGAACAUAUCUAUUUACUGGGUCAUAUCGGUUAUGGUUGUGUUGUCCAUGCAAAGCAGCUUGAGGAGACUUUGAGUGGAGAGGUUCUGCCAUCUUAUUUCAGACAGCAGUAGCUGACAAAAAUCCUGUGAUGGAUAAUGCUGUGAAUAUUCAAGAGACUGAAGGUCUUUAACCGACUAUAAGCAAACAGGAUUCUUCCUUGUGAUUCAAUAAGGCUAGAAUAGCAUGACUUUUUCACUCCGCACACAUCAACAAAAAAAAUCAUAAUAAUACGCAUUUAAUCUGUAAUCUGCUGUAAGGUCACUUCACUUUAAACGCCACUCUUCACAAAUUUACAGUCUGUCUGCCAGCAAAGCAAACAAUCAAGCAAACAGGGAUCAGGGUAGCUUGAGCCUUAACGUGCUGUUCCACAGGUGGUGGAGGACGUGAUCAUUUAUUCAAGAGCUUAAUUUGGAUUUGAUGGAUCCUCUGAUGUCACGGUUCAGCAUUUUACUGCCUUGCAGCUGCAUUCACAGUUUGCUUUAUAUAUUGACAUAAUCAUAGGCAAAGUAAACCUCAAACCACAGACGUCAUGCAAGAAUCAUGAUGUGUGUGUUGUUUAAGAAAACCUACCGUGGAAAAAAUUAAGGGGGUGAAAAAAAAUUAUUUCUUGUGUUUGAGCUGGACAUGGACAUGACCACCAACAUGCCUCCCGCCAGCAUCGUUGGGUACGAUACUAACAACAGUGGAAAAGGAGGUGUCCAUCCCAUGCACUUGUUCAGGGCCAUUGUUGACAUGAGUGAAGCAGUUGCGGCCAAAACCUCUCGUAUUUCAAGUGCAGUUGAAAUAUGUGAUCAGAAUCAUUUUGAUGUCAGGCUCAGAAAGGGCAAACCACGCCGUCGUCCAGAGAUACCAUAUCCAUCACUCUGUGGGAAAGCUUGGAAGUUUGCACAAUAACUCACAACAUUUCAUAUAGGAAAAAAAACAAAAAAAAAAAACAGACACAUGUUGAACAAAGUGAAGACUGCAGCUGAGACGGUCUGAGGUUUGACGAUCAGUUGACGGCACCAAAGGACGUAGCUGUCGUCAGUGGAACGCAUGUUUGUUUUCAGUUUUAAAUUUGGCCGUAGUGUCUCCAUGGUGUCAUUACAACAACUUCUGCACUGUGUUAAUGUUUGACUGGACAUGGCGUUGGAAACUCUAAGAAAAGUCACGUAGGAGCUGUUAAAAGUUCUAUUUUCAGCUGUAAGCUUACUGUAGAUAGAAGUGAAGUAGCUGUUUGAGCUGCAUGGUUGAGCAGAAUCACUUUAAGGAUAUCAGAUGAACAAAAAUGGUCAUAAGUAGACUCUGUGUGCCAAAAUAAAACAUGAUGAGUUCGUGAAUCAACAGGAAAUUGCUGGAGAAAAAAAAAAGAAUAAAUUUAGCUGCUGGAGCUAUUUCACCAAGGUGCUUGAUGUAUAUAACUAAACCUAUUUUUAAGCCUCUUAGCAUUUGCACAUAGAAGGAAAUAGCAAAGCUGUAUCAUACAACACAGUUGGCUCUAUUACCUGGAAAAUGGAAAUGUUGACACACUGGAAAUAGACCACUAUAUUUCUUCUACUCAUAUAUGUUCUCACGUUGCAGGUGAGCGUAUACCACAUACCUCAUUUUUACCUUACCUUAUUUCUGUUUUUCUGACGACAUCUAGCCACAAGUCAACCCACUGUCAGGAACGUCCCCCUGCAUUACUGUGCUAUUAUUAGACAUGGUUUCUGAAUAGAGUACUGGCUGUAGUUUCUUCUGUGUAGUUCAACCUGGUAAAACGAUUUCUUGUGCACCUCAGGCUUCAGUUGCGUGUUUCAGUAAUAAGGACAGGAUUUAAACUCGUGCAUGUGUCACAGCUGGAGUCAGCUGAUCCGAGUGUUUCUCUACUGAUUGAACACAGGAGGAGGAUGUCAGAGACGUAUUCUGCGACACAUAAAGCACCAUUUCCCUUUGCGUUGUUUUUUCCCUCUACGCAGUGUGUGAGUCUUUCUGUAUGCAUGUGCCAGCGUGUCUGAUUCUGGGUGUUACGUCUGUAAAGUGAGUGUUUUUUAAAAGGACUUUUACUGAGGCAGGUGCACGACGCUGAGAACAAUAAAAUUGCCCAAUUUGAUACCGUCUCUAGACAUCGAUGACAUUUGACACCGAGCUGUCUUUCCACAGUGAUCACCCCAAAAAUGGUAAAUCAAAUGAAAAUGGAGGUUUUUCUUUCCGUUGGCACUCUUUCUUUUUGAGUGUACGUGGUUGCCAAGUUAAGUCAAUUUAAAAAUAACUCAACUUCAAGAAAAUGAACUACUGCAAUGCAAACGCUUUUAGCGAAAUGACUGUAUGAUGGCUUUGACAUGAUAUGUAUAAAGGAAAUAUAGCUUUGAAUAUAUACUUGUGUUUAAAGACUACAAAAGAAAGCUUUCCACAGUCACACACCUGAACAGAAAAUCAUUGGUUUAGGACAAAAUGACCUGUUUGAUCUAUUUAGCUUUAAAAACCAAACUAUGGUAGUUAAGGAGAAACAAUUGUCUUUACACUGGAUAAAAACCUUAUUUCAAAAUGUUUCAUUUAAAUCUGUGUCACGCAACAAUUUGCCAAUAAUCAGAGUAUUGGUCUAGAACUCCAAAACGUGUGACUUUGCAGCUUUAAACAACAAGACAAAGUAAAUUAUGGCUAAAAAGCUUCAAUGCAGAGCUUCAGUAUGUAAUGUGUCGAGAGAGACCGAAUGAAUAAAAGAUGCAAAUGAGCAACAA